CUCUGAUGACUGAUGCGUAAUGAAACAAGCUGAGGAGAGGGCGCACAUUGGAACCAUGAUGAGCAGCUACCUGUGAUUCCAGGGUGGUGGCUUCUGAUAUGCAUGGAAUUCGUGAACACUAUUGAUUCCAUGGGUUCGCAGACUAACUUCAUCAUCUGAGCGUGUAUACCAGCUAUGAUGAUAUGAGGCCUAAUGUCAGAAGAGAGUCGGUGGAUUGGAAAUAUGUGUAGAGAGGGGUGCGGCUUCAAUCCGUGUGCGUCGCCUUUGCAAUCGUGCAAAGACUGCAAUGCUACUUCAUUUUAAGAUGUUUCUUGAUUGGAAGUUGAAGUGUUUCCUACACUCAAAAGGCUGAUAAAAGAGUUGUACAAAAAUAAGGCAGUUACAAAACGUUCUCACCCGAGGAGUUUUGCUUUCAGCACCAGGCCAGGGUUCAACACCCAAGCUACUUUAUUUGUUACGAAUUGCUUCAACGCGGUCUUAUUGAGAAACCUUGACUUGCUUCAUGUGACUAGUCUCUCCCAUUGAUCGGGCUGUGAUAGCAAGUUGCAUCAUUUUACAUUAAAGAGCCGGGCCCCAUAGCUUCGGUCUUAACUUUGCGGUGAACCAUAUCCCAGAAUAGUCGCGAUACGGUUUGGCCCCCAUCUGGUUCCCCCCUAAGUUAUGGUAUGGCGGCGGCAUUCGCAGCAAGUGUUGUCCACGGAAAUCCGACAGAAACCCUUCACCUAUUGCCUGCAACAUACCGUGGUCUGAAUACUUUCGGGGACAUGUAAGACAUGACAUUCAUAUACACCUGAGUGCUAGGCUGCAAAGAAAAUGCACUUGCAUGUCACUGGAGAUGUUCGUCAACGUGGCUGCAAUUGGGGUAAGUUGAGCACGGCGCUCGGCACGUAAGGCUGGUACCGAGUGACGCCAAGUGCAAUUAAGAAUGCUUUGAAAAGUCUCAACCUAUCGAUGUCUAUCUAUCAAUGCCCUAAUAACGUAACUCAACUCUGCUCCCACACAUCGAUCUCCGAACGCUGCUAUGCGUCGCAGUAAAAACAGCUUACUAACCUGCCUUUUUCACACACAUUCCCCCGCUUUGUAGAUGCACGGAUACUCUUGGGAUCCUUGUGCGUUUGAUUUAGACAAGGCUACACGAAGUUUGCCUGAACUGGCUGAAUAACCUCCGAUCUAUAUAGUAUUCGGACUUUGGUAGUGGUCGUGUAAGAUUGCAACUCGCUGCUAUUGGACACAUCGACGGACUACCUGAAACAUUUUGUUUCUAUGGAAGAAACCUCUGCUGAUAUAGGCAAAGUACGGUGACGAAAUCGUCCACUGAUAGUUUUGAGAGGCGGACAAUACGAGAAGGUGGUUCUUUUUUCGGAACCUGAGUGGAGGCGAAACCGGAUGGGGGCAGCUAAAGAUUGUAUAAAACCGCUUGCGUGAAGCUCUCUCCGCCUUGAGUUUUCCCCACCAAGCAGCGCUUUUCGGCAUCGCAUUCACGUUCGUUUUAUUCCUCACUUCGAUUUUCGUUCUGCAACUGUACAUUUACUCUUGUUCCCUGUCGGAAAUUUACAUUCAUUCCUCAUUAACACACAUUAUAACAUAUCAAGAUGCGUACCGCAGCUUCCAUCGCUCUCCUCCUUGCUAGUGUCGCAGUCGCCCGUGAGGUCCCUGCCAACUUGAAGUCUUUCUUUGAUUCUCACAAGAACGGCAAAUGCGCAAACCCUAUCUCCAUUGCCUAUAGCUCUGGACAAAAGGAGGCAGACACACACUACUGCAAAGACUCUGGCAGUGGUGCCAUAUACCUCAAGGAUACAUCCAACGGCUACGCAGAUGUAGACAUUGACUGCGACGGAGCUUCGACGUGCGAAGGCGACGGUAGCUGGCAAGGUCAGACGGCGUUCAAAGACCAAGUGAGCAAGCUCUCCAACGGUGCGGUCAAAGAUCUCAACACGCACAUCCACACAUUUGUGGUCCUCGGCAACGACAAUAGCGCCGAAGAGGGCGACGGUGGCAAGAAAUUCGACGCGACCGAGGACGGCAACAUCGAGCCGCUCAGUGUUGUGGCGGUCGUCUGCGGCAACAAGUUGGUGUACGGCGUGUACGGCGAUAUCAACGGAGGCAAGGUCACGGGAGAAACCAGUCUGGGUCUAGCAAAGACCUGCUUCCCGAACGAAGGCUUGAACGGAAACAAGGGACAUUCCAAGCACGAUGUUCUGUACCUCGCGUUUCCUGGGUCCGAGGCCGUGGCAAAGAACGCCAAAUGGGGAGCGAAGUCUGUGGAGGAAUUCGAGGCUUCUUUGGCUGCGGUUGGAGACAAGUUGGUGAAGAAGAUUGGCAGUGGAGGGAAGAGCAGAAUCAUGCGUGGCACUUUGUAG